GCCGACAGCCCGGCCCGGCGCGGCGACGCUGUAGUUGCGGUUUCUGUAAGGCAGGCGGAGCUGCUUCCUGAGCCGCCGCGAAAAUAAGGCUCGCCUAGCCUCGGUGCGCGCAGCCUGCUGGCGCCCACCAUGGAGCGGCUCCCGAAGCUGGCGGUCUUCGAUCUGGAUUACACGCUCUGGCCGUUCUGGGUGGACACGCACGUAGACCCCCCCUUCCACAGGAGCAGUGACGGGGCCGUCCGGGAUCGGCGGGGCCAGGCGGUCCGACUGUACCCAGAGGUGCCCGAUGUCCUGCGACGGUUGCAGGACCUUGGCGUGCCCAUGGCGGCCGCUUCACGGACCGGGGAGAUCGAAGGGGCCAAGCAGCUUCUGGAGCUCUUUGACCUUGACAGAUACUUUGUUCAUCGGGAAAUCUAUCCCGGCAGCAAGGUCACCCACUUUGAAAGGUUGCAGCAGAAGACUGGAGUGGUUUUCUCCCAGAUGAUCUUUUUUGAUGAUGAGAAGCGGAAUAUCAUAGACGUCAGCAAACUGGGUACUGAGUGGAGUUACCUGCAUUCUUGUCCAGAAUGGAAUGUGUCUUCAAACCCUAACUGAAGGACUAGAGACAUUUGCAAAGGCCCAAGCUGGACCCUGAGGUCCAGUCCUGCGACUGAACCUCACUGGAGGCAUAAAACGGAAAGGAAAUCGGGAAGGCAUUUCCAGAUGUAUUUGUAAAUUAUUAAAGUAUGUUUGUGUGUGAUAGAA